UAAAUGACUGAUAGAAUACUUGAAUAAAACAAAAAUAAAGCCGCAACUGAGAAAUUCCACUCUACAACGUAUUCGCGCAUACAUGCCUGAUACCCCCUCCACAUUAAUAUCUCUGCAUAUACAUCCUUUGGAACCCCAUCAACAAUGUCGGAACUAAGAUUGGAUGGCAAGAUCGCAAUUAUAACAGGCGGAGCCAGCGGUAUCGGAGCCGAAGCGGCUAGGCUAUUCACCGACCACGGAGCUAAAGUGGUCAUAGUCGAUAUACAAGAGGAGCUAGGCCAAAACGUCGCCGUUUCUAUCGGAAAAGAGAAAGCCAGUUUCUACCGCUGCGACGUAACAGAGGAGACAGAAGUGGAGAACGCCGUCGCGUUCACCGUCGAGAAGCAUGGAAAGCUCGACGUUCUGUUCAGCAACGCCGGCAUCUUGGAUCCGCGGGGAAGCAUCCUCGACUUGGAUCUUGACCGGUUCGACCGCAUAAUGGCGGUUAACAUUCGCGGCGCGGCUGCGUUUAUCAAACACGCGGCGCGUGCGAUGGUGGAGAGAGGCACACGUGGUGGGUCCAUCGUGUGUACGACGAGUGUGUCGUCGGAGAUUGGUGGUGGGAGACGUCACGGGUACACGGCGUCUAAACACGGGCUGCUCGGGCUGAUCAGAACGGCGUGCGGAGAGCUGGGGAAGUAUGGGAUUAGAGUCAACGGUGUGGCACCGUACGCGCUGGCUACGCCGUUGACUAGCCAUGACGAGGAGACGGGGAAGCGGGUGGAGGAAGAGUUUGCGGCCAAGGGAGUUCUCAAGGGUGUGGUGCUUAACGCUCGACACGUGGCGCAAGUGGCUCUGUUUUUGGCUUCUGAUGAGUCGGUUUAUAUCAGUGGUCAGAAUUUGGCGGUGGAUGGAGGUUAUAGUACGUGUCGUUAACGCAAUGUUCAAAUUUAGAGAAAGAAAGAUAAUAAUUGAAACGUGGACUUUUAUCAUUUUUUUCUCUUUUUUCUUUUGCUGUAAUAAAAGUGCUUAAAGAUCUUAGGUUCAUAUAAAUUAUUAUUCUUACCAAGUAAAA